AGCAGUUAAAUUUACAAAUCCAAUUUAUUCAAACAAGCUAAGACUGCUGACUUUUGACAUAAAAAAAUAUUUAAUGAUACUCGUUCCAAAAUUCUUAUGCACAUAACUAGAAAUUUUCAUCUAACUUCCUUUUGUUAAAUACUAGUAUAAAACUGGUAAAAGCUGCCCAAAUAAUCACCAACAUCAAAAUUCUCUGAUAACUUUAGCACAUAAUGAAGUUGGAGGCUCCAAUGGUAGCCGUUUUUCCUCUUCUUGUUUGUAUUCUCUUGAUGAAUACCUUCUCCAUGAAUUUCACCACAGCACAGAGCACACCUUUCCCUGCCAGAGUUGGAGUGGUGGUAGACAUGGACAGUGACGUCGGCAAAAUGAGGUUGAGCUGCAUCGAAAUGGCAAUCUCGGAUUACUACACCAGACAUGGCUACUACCAGACUAAGCUGGUUCUCGACAAGAGAGAUGUUGUCGGGGCAGCUGCAGCAGCUGUGGUAAACCACAUUUCCUAUCUUAAUGUCCAAUGCAAUCUGGAAAUUCAUGAUGAGAUUGUUGCUAGAUCUGACCGCAAGAAAGCCGACACUUACGAUGAGUUGCUCUAUGCAGUACACCAAGGAAAAUUUGAUGCUGCAGUUGGAGAUGUAACUAUCUUAGCAAAUAGGUCACAGUAUGUCAACUUCACCCUGCCUUAUACAGAGGCUGGUAUUUCAAGCAACAAAACCAAAAACGCAUGUGUAUUAUUAAAGCCACAGCCACUGACAUGGAAACUUUGGUUGAUAUGCUUUUGCUCAUUUAUUUUCAUGGGCUUCCUUAUUUGGAUUCUUGAACUUUGGAUCAAUGAAGAUUUCAGGGGCCCUCUUUGGCAUCAAGUAGGCACAAUCUUCUUGUUUGCCUCCUCAACAAAGCUGAUAAGCAACUUGUCUAGGCUUCUGCUGAUUAUAUGGUUACUGGUGGUUCUGAUACUAACGCUAAGCUACGCAGCUAGUCUUACUUCCAUCUUGACAGUCGUCCAAGAGCUGCAACCCACCAUCACAGAUGUCAAUGAGCUUAUAAGAAACAAAGAAAAUGUGUGCUACCGGAAUGGAUCAUUUGUUUUUGGGGCUUUUGAAAAGUAUGAACUUUGAUGAAUCCAGACUUUUGGCAUAUAACUUUCCCGAGGAAAUGGAUGAGCUUUUCAGAAAAAGGGAGUGCAAAUGGUGGUUAUAGCUGCUGCUUUUGAUGAGAUACCAUAUAUAUAGCUUUUCCUCGCCAAAUACUGUUCAAAAAUUUAUGUACAUUUUCGUUAUCCAUCAUUUUCUCAUGAUAAAUUUAUCCAUGAAAGUAAACGCACCCUUAGUGAUCCACGCAAUAAGGUUCCUUUACGAGAACUGGCAAGUUGUGCGUCGCUCUGAUGCAGAGGCGACACUAGGAAGCAAAUCACUAGAGUUAUUCCAAAGGUUCAACAACAAAGACCUCACUUGUCACAUGACUUUCAAGAACUCCAAACGAAGAGAGAAUCACAACUGUUGCGGAUGUGAUUGGAUUAGAAAAAGAAAAGUUGAGCAACGAUUUGAUCAUUAUGUGAACUCAUAAAUAGUAACUGAGCUUGCUUGUUCAUGGAGAAAUGUGGUAAAG